AUGGCACACCAAGCACACGCAUACCACAUGGUCGAUCCAAGCCCCUGACCCCUAACCGGCGCAAUUGCCGCCCUUUUACUCACAUCAGGCACUGCAGUCUGAUUCCACUUCCACUCGCUCACACUCCUAGCUAUAGGAAAUAUUCUUAUACUUCUCACUAUAUACCAAUGAUGACGAGAUAUUAUUCGAGAGGGCACAUUCCAAGGACACCACACGCCCCCCGUCCAAAAAGGCCUACGCUACGGCAUAGUUCUAUUUAUCACCUCCGAGGUAUUCUUUUUCUUGGGUUUCUUUUGAGCCUUCUAUCAUUCUAGUCUUGCCCCCACACCCGAACUAGGGGGCUGCUGACCCCCCACGGGCAUUAUUACUCUUGACCCCUUUGAAGUCCCGCUACUGAACACCGCAGUCCUCCUAGCAUCUGGUGUUACCGUUACAUGAGCCCACCACAGCAUUAUGGAAGGUGAACGAAAACAGGCCAUCCAAUCUCUUACCCUAACUAUUUUACUGGGAUUUUACUUCACCUUUCUCCAAGGUAUGGAGUACUACGAAGCGCCCUUCACAAUCGCUGACGGCGUAUAUGGCUCCACUUUCUUUGUAGCCACAGGCUUCCACGGCCUACACGUAAUUAUUGGCUCCACCUUCCUAGCCGUCUGUCUGCUUCGACAGAUUCAAUACCACUUUACAUCAGAACAUCACUUUGGCUUUGAAGCUGCCGCCUGAUAUUGACACUUUGUGGACGUAGUCUGACUAUUCCUUUACGUCUCUAUCUACUGAUGAGGCUCAUA